UAUAAGGAGAGCCGUGUUCAGUUUGGAUGAGAAGCAUCACUUCAUCCACUUCUACCUCUACGGACUCCAGUGGCUUCACUUACCUACGCAUAUUUUCUGCCAUUUUAUUUUUUCACGAUGAUUCAUUUAUCAGUUUUGCACCUGUCAUCAAAACCGCCAUUUGUUCUGAGGCUUUUUUACAAGAGAAGGCUGAUUCCUGCCUUUGUCUGCUAAAGUUUUCAGAAACAUAUGUUUUUAGUUUUUGUUACCAAGGAGACUUUUUGGCCUUAAAGUGUUUCCUCUACUUUUGUAUCGACUUUUUUUUCUGCUGUUAGUUAUUAUCACAUAGCCUAGUUGUUUCUUUUUUUCAGUUCAUUUUUCUACCUCUGUCUUACUGUGCCUCUCUUUCCUUUCUGUCAGAUACACCUGUUUGACAUCAUUUUACUUUACUAUCUCAGGUGUUUUUCCUGUUUUCUUUAUGGGCACAAACUGAGAAUACACAACAGUUUUCCUCUGUUUUAAUCCUAUCUUUUUCUAUUGCUAAAAUUGUACCAUCCCUGUCGAGGGCAAAGCACAAAUCAAGCGUUGCUGCCAAACAGAAUCCCACUGAGCUGUCUUAGUGUUUUCCUUUUUUGUGACAUCAUGUGGUCUACCUUUUUUGUGACUGACGAGGAGGGUCGCACGGUGGGUCCGGCCGUGCCGGGAACGGUGGUUGCACCAGGAGGAGCACCCCAGGCUGCCGGAGGUCUGGCUGGCCUCAUGACUGGACGCAGUACCUUUGGAGGGAACAAGCGCCGCAGGACGACGUCAACGGGACACGCCAUGAGCGAGGCCCAGGAAGGAAAGAUCAAGUUGGCAUUCUUUGUGGCCAUCGUGGGCGUAGUCCUGACAGUCCUUGGUGUGGGGACAGAGUUCUGGGUGGAGCUGGCAGCUCCUAAGAGUUUCUACAACAACCAGACAUGUCUGGCAGCUCACUACGGCCUGUGGAAAGGCUGCACCAAGACCUUGUGGGUGGCUGAUAUCGACCCAGAGAGAGAGAGCUGUGGACCCGCUGAACUACCCGGAGAAUCAAACUGCACCUACUUCAAGUUUUUCACCACGGGGGAAAAUGCUGUGCUGUUCCACAAGACAACGCAGAAGAAUCUGAAUAUAGCGGCAGCCAUGUUGGCCCUGUUCAGUUUGUUCCUGAUGGUGAUGGGCGCCAUAUGCAUCACCAUGUCUCUCAGUAAAGAGAUCCUGUUCUUCCUCAAGCCAGCGUCCAUCUGCUUUAUUCUGUCAGGUUUCCUGGUGCUUCUCUCUCUCCUUGUUUUCCACCAGUCCGUCCUGGCCUUCCUGGCCAGCGACCACACGGUUCCCCUCCACCACGAGCUCUCCUGGUCGGUGUCGUGUAUCGGCUGUGCGGGCGCUGUCCUCAUCGUGGGUGGGAUCCUGUUCCUGCUGCUGGCGCUGCCCUACAGCCCCUGGCAGAGGUGUCUCCCUCAGAAGGACAGCAGCAGCUAGUGGCCCGGAGGUGGAGUUGCACUUUAUCUGCCCUGUCUGUUUGGGAGGAGCGAGGAUGCAGAGGGGCGUGGGUGUUUCCCAACGAUGUCUUAGCAAAGAGAGAGCUUUAUCUGUGAACUUAUAGGAAUCACAAGCAUGUUCAUGGGAGAGUGAUGGGAGAUUUACUGACAUGCACUGAGCACUUAACUUGUUAUCUUACAAUAUCACAAUAUUAUUGUUUAGUAUGAAAAAUCCUUUUUUUUCUAGCUAGUCAUUCUGGAUACCUGUACCCAUUGAUCUGCAACCCAAUCAGCAGAAUAAUUGUUAGCAUUUUAUGUUAGUGACAAGCAGGAGUACAUUUUAUUGUACAUUAUUAUGUUGAAACUUUAUAUUUCAACACUGCUUAGGUUACUGUCUGGUUCAGUUUAGGCACAAAACCACUUGGUUAUGGUUAGGAAGAUCAUGUUUGGGAACUGGAAGACUGGAAUCGCAGAUAUGUUUCAGGGAAAAAAACAAUCGCUGUUGUGGCACCAUCGUGUCUGGAAAUGCAACAAUGUCUUGGUAAAAAAAAUUAACUACUUUUUCGUGCACUAUCCCCAUUGGAAACACAAGGAUGGGUCACUUAAAAAACAACCAUGUUUGGUGGCUAAAAAACCACUGGUCUUAAACAGUGGUUUGCAGCUUUGCGGGCAUCUGGUCCAGGUGUCACACAAAUGUAUCCAUGGUUUGCAGAAAUGUACGACAACAACAUUUUCUUUUGGUGACUAGGCUAUGAUUUGACAUAAUUUUGCUGACAUUCAUAUUGUUCAGCAUGGAGACAUUUAGGUACUAAAAGCUACAGUACCAGGUUACAGUGAAGUAUUCAUUGUUAUAAAAUGGCUUUCUUUAUGCUCAGAUGUGGUUGGGAAACAGCCCUGUAUUGUCUUACUAAUCAUCCUGCAGGGUUCGGAGGCAAUUUACUGUUAGUUCAUUCAAUAAAUUAACCAGUCCUUAGCAUAAUGCUAACUUAAAAAUAAAAAAAUAAAAAAAUACUACCAGUAGCUAAUCUAUUUCUUUGAUAUGACCAUAUUGUCUGGCAGUAAUUAACAAAAAAUAUUGUUUUAAAGAAUAUAGCAGAGUACAAAGUAAACAGUUUGAGUCAACAGUAUGAAAGUUAUUCAUUGGCUGCAAGCUAGCGAACAUGUUCGGCUAACCUUAAUGCUAACAUGUUUAUGAAGCAUGUCAUAAUGAUGGAUAUUACAAUUUUUGCUAUUUGAUUUAUCUACCCUUAUUUAAAGGGGACUUAAACUGCCUGGACAUGGUUCACAAUAUGGAAGUGGCUGAAUUGGAGGCUAGUAGCUAACAGUGCUAACUCCAUAAACAGCUCAAAAGUCAACACAUUCUCACGCCAACCUCGUCACAUAUUUUCAUGUGGCCAUGGACUUUCCAUGUUCAGAUAGAACAUGAAAGGUACCUCAGGUACGUUGGUUGUUAACGUUCUGGGACACCAUGUCAAGUUCUGCCUGUUACAUGCAUUGUCUUCUUUCAAAAUACUCUUCUGUUUUCACAGGAAGUUUACUGUUCACACACUGUUCACAAUAGUCUCCUGCAACUCCUUCUUCUCCUUCAACAACAAACAUGCGUGAUUUGGUUUAGGAAAAAAUAAGAGGUUUGGUUUUAUAAUCUUACGGGACAUGAACACUGCUCUCCCGGGUGUAAGUUGGUGUUUGUUGGACCCAUCCACCACAGCUCCCACCCACACCACUUGGACUUUUGCCGCCUUAACUUUCAUUGUUCUCCCACUUUACCUCUGACACCGCGUAUCAUGCCGAUGUAUACGGACUACAUUUUUGUGUUGGACACUAGAAGUAACUGCCCAAGCGCCAGAUUUCAAAGACUUUGGAGUGAGACCAGGUUGCUUAACAACAGCAACAGUGCUGACAGAGCUAACAGUGUUACCUGGGGGAGGCAGAAGGUGGGCGCUAUGCUUCUGCAAAUAUACCCUCCAGAUAUCAGCAGUAACCACGUAUAAGAAGGAUGUAAAGCAGUGGCGAUGAACUAGCCAGUGGGAUGCACACAUGCACUAAUGCGCAGCUAGACAGGCUUAUCACAACAAACCACAGAGAGGCUCAGAUUAUGAAACACAGAGGGAGUGUGACUCUCUGCAUUCUCAGGAUGCCAUCGCAUGUAGGACUUUUCAAGAGUCUUUCUAUUGUAAUGCUGGUAAUUAUAAACCAUUAACUAAUUAACCUUAAACCUUAAUUAAAAAAUACACUGAAUGAACAGAACAGUUUAUCGACCUCCAGUCUGAAAACCUCUUUGAAGGUUUUUCUCAGUUAUGUGUGAAAAAAAGCAGUUAUUAUAUUUGUCUUGUCUGCAGAGCUACCUUUCUACUUUCUAUGUUGAAUGUUGUUUUGCUGUUCUUCAAUUAACAUUGAAAGACAUUAAUUAGAAAUACAUUACCUGUAUUGUCAUGUGACAGGGCUCUAAUUUCAUAAUUGUACACAUACAUACAUUGUUUUCAUUUAUCAUCUAUAAUCAUUCAUUUCAGGAUAUAUAUAUAUAUGUCAUCUCUGUGUAUGGUCAUUGUGAUGAGCAACUUGUCUUUUUUAUCAUUAUCAGAUUUCUCAUGCAUUGUAUAGUAAGCACGAUGUACCCUGUAAGAAGAGAACAUAUGUAGGUAGGUGCUACACUUUGUAAACUGUUUGGCAAGCAGAAACAAGGAGAACACAUUGUAAAGAUUUAUGUUGGAGUAGAAGGUACACAGUGUUAACUCAGCUAAAAGUGUGAGACGCUGCCAUGUUUUUACCUCCAGUGUUUUUCUUGGGUGAUUGAUGUUAGAACAAAGUGCUUCUCUGUGCCUGAAUGGAAGGUGAGCUGUCUCUGCAACCUUUUCUGAUCUGAAUCGAUUGAGUAUGAAUGACUUCAUUUUAUUAUUAAACAUGACAUGAAUAUUUAA